AUGACUCCAUCUUGUACCAACAGGUCUCAAGAUGCGAGGUACAUGAUUUUAUCACCAAGGUCAAUCCACGCAUGUGUUCCGUAUUCAUUUAGUGCCAAAGCCUAUGGCAACCAUUCCUACACAUUGAAGGCUGAACUUCAACGUUCCUAUAGUGGGAAUACAAUUUCUUCAAUUACCACUGAAAUAUUACCUGGUGAUACAAAACUCAUUACGUUACCGGUUCCAUGUAAUUUAACUUCUUGGAGCAUCUAUCUUAUUCUGACGGGUACUGGUGAAACUACGUUUAAUGGUCGUCAAUAUUUGAAUUUUAACAGAAAUAGAGAUUUUAAAAUCAUCAUACAAACUGACAAAAAGGUGUACAAGCCAGGGCAAACAGUAAAAUAUCGGGUAUUUGGUGUUCGCUCGGAUUUACAAGUGGUAUGUUCUAACUAUACCAUUACUGUCACGGACCCCAAAGGAAACAAAAUUCAGUUUUACACUUCUAAUGGAGAUGACUAUUGCGUAGUUGAAAGGAAUUUAAAGCUGCCGAAGAAAUCAAUAUUUGGAUCAUGGAAAAUAAAAGUGUCAGUAGAGGGGAUUAUAUCACUAGAACUUGUGCUUUCACAACAAUCGGGAUGGUGUCCGUGUAAUGUGCUCGCCACAAGCCUUGAAAUAUAUGUUAAAUCUUGUUUGAAUUCUAGCGCAUCUAGCGAAACUUUUAAAACAGAAAUAUAA